AACAUGGGCCCACCACCCGUGGUAACGGGUAUUUCUCCUAAGGAAGGACCUCCAGGAACCCGCGUGAUAGUUCGCGGUGAAUUCCUGGGUAACAAGGCGCAAGAUCUCACAGGUCUAACAAUAUGCGGAUGUGAUUGCCUUUUGUCGGCUGAGUGGAAGUCUUCAAAUAAAAUCAUUGCUAGAUCAGGGCCAUGUAAAGGUCGCGGUGAUAUUAUCGUAACUACUCGCAGUGGAGGACAAGGAACAUCAACAGUACAAUUUCGUGGAUAUCAUGAAACUAUUGGUCCCAUGAAAGAAUCUGCAGUAUGGGUGGAAGAAGCACCUAUACAGAGUUACGUAUGGGGUAGAAGAACCCUUUCCCCAACAAAUUACCAGCAGGAAGAUCCUCUAGGAUUAAGUGUGGAGGGCAAUGACAAAAAGUUCCCUGAGGAUGAAUUAAUAGAACUCUUUGGAGAAGGCAGUGGAGAUCUUACUAACGAGAAGUUUCAUCCUGGUUGGUUUCUAUUGCAACACCAUCAUGCCACAAGUUUUGAGGAUUUAAGGGCUGGGUUAUCUUAUCUCAAAAGAAAAGUUAAUUCCCAAAAAGAGGGUCAACUCUCGUUUUUAAAGGCCAAUGUAGGAUCAGUAAUAGAACAAUUAGACACGAUAAUACUAUUGAAAGAACAAUUUGAAGCAGAUAUAAAAACGUAUGGUAGCGAUCCUACUGAAAAAUUAGAGACAGCUAUUCAACAGUCCAUGUCAGAGGCUAAUAAACUGUUUGAUGAUGUAUUAGCAAGAAGAGAUAGAGCAGAUGCGACUAGAAACGCAUUGGCUGUUAUGCAGAGAUACAAGUUCCUCUUUUGUAUGCCAAUUAAUAUAGAAAAAAAUAUAAAACGUGGCAAUUAUGAUCUCGUGAUCAACGAUUACGCGAGAGUAAAAAAUUUAUUCAAAAAUACGGAAGUUGAAGUUUUUAAAAGAGUUCUACAAGAAAUUGAUAAUAGAAUUGAAAUGUUGAUAACGCAUCUAAGGAAGAAACUGGAAGAAAUACCCUUCAGUUUAGACGAACAUAAGAAAAUUAUUAGAAAUCUUGUUAACUUAGAAGCUGAAGGAGAUCCAGCUUGGGAUGCAAUAGUUUCACAUUCAAAAUAUUUAAAAGAGAGUAUCACGUCAUGUUUGAAGGAGCAUUUAGAAGUGGAAUAUUUAGAAACAAAAUCGCAGCAAAUACAAAAAUUAUCAAAGUCCAGCAAAAAUGAUGAGACUAAUAUUCCAUUGCAAAUAUCGUGUAUCGAAACGAUUUGUGAUAUUAUAGUUGAACAAUUGCCGGACCUAUGGAGAUUGGGUCAGAGUUACUUCACAGGACAGUUACAUGUAGCAGUAGAUGCAGAGAAACAAACACCUUUUAAAAAUUUGGUGCUAUCAAGCAUGCAACAUGCUAUGGAAGCAAUGAAAAACACGUGCAGCAAUGACUUGGAUGCCAUAUGGCUUUUACAUAUCCUACGUCGAAUCAGACAAAUGUAUGCCUCAUUGAUUCAUUUGGAUUUACCAAGCGACGCAUUAGAUAUUUUUGGAAAAUUUAUACUUGACUUAAGAUUGCAGUGUUUCGAUGCUCUUUUUAAACAAACUGCCGAGAAAAUAACGGCGUUAAAUAAAAAGGAAACAUGGCAAAUUGAAUAUUUAAACGAAGACGGGGGCGUUACGAAAGUGCCGUACCUGUUCGAAGAAAUGGUUCUGGAAGUCUCAAAACGCGCCCGCGAUACGGUAAUUGCAUGUGGGCCACGUGAAGGACCAUUGUUCGUCAAUCCCGCGCACCAGGUAUUAUAUUACAAUUCUAUGAAGACAUUGUUCACAUCGUUCGCGCGAUGUCUACAACAGUUGGCAUUUAGUGGCUGCGAAGAAGCUUUAGACGAUGACGAACCUUCUGUAUCACAAUUAGUCGGUUCACCGUCUGGCUAUAAGAGCAAGAAUAAUAAACACCAAGGGCCAACGUGGGAACAAUGCCUCUUAAUCUCAUUAAGUAAUAUUCGUUAUACCCUGAACACCAUCCUACCAAGAAUCGGAGACGUACUAAAGGAACAAGAUUAUCCUAACUUAUCGAACGCUGUUGGAUGGAACUCCGAUUGGACUCAACUAGAAACACUAGACGCAGCUGUUCUCGACGCAUAUUUAGAGCGCCGGUGCGAUCCACUGGUGGGUACGAUCGAACCGAGCAUGUACUUAGGCGGAUUGGAAUGGGAUUUCGAAACAGAACCUACUCAUGUGAGGCCAUACGCGCAAGAGAUCUUAGCCAAUUUAAUCGCAGUUCAUGCGGAGGUUCGACGGGUCGCACCAGCUUUGUUGCACCGAGUGUUGUCUCAUAUAGUUGAGACCGUAGCGGAGGAACUUGCGAGACUUAUGUCGUGUGUCACUCAAUUUCGACCAGCCGGCAUUGUCCAAGCACGAGCUGAUAUCAUACUUCUUCGAAAUGCUUUACGAAGUUACAGUACAACGAGAGCAAAGAACUUUUUUGACGAAGCUCUAGACGCAAUACCGCAACCUGUUUGCAAAGACGAUCGACUGCGUAUCGAUAUGUUGUUAUCAAAGGUGGCAACGUCAAUGCGUUUGCAAUUAUCGUGUCUUGCCAGUGAUACAACAAAUAAUACUCCUAUACUGAUUGCCGAUCCUAAUCGCGUUACUACUGUAUAGAUUUAGUAGUAAUUUAAAGGUUUAAGUAAGUAUUUAUUGUGCGCAUUUUGAUAUUGUUAACUUUACCUCAUCGUUACAGUAAAUUUCUCUAUUCCAGUCCCUACAUAAUUUGCUAUCAAUAUGAAACAAAUAUACGUGGUACAAGAGAAAAUAAAAUUGUAUUCUUUUUAA